AGCUGCGAUCGCCAACAAGGAAGGAGAAAGUGGUGCGGAGGGGGGAUCUAAGUUUUUUUUCUGGAGGGUGAAAUAAUAAAUAAUAGCAUCAAAUAGUAUUUUAUACUGGGGACACAGAUACAGAGCGGAAUCUGUUUGGAAAAUCGCGUCGACAUGUCGGUGAAAAAGCCGAAGCAGACUGUGCUGAACCCGACGAUUCCCCUCGCUGUAACCAUCCUGGGGGGUCUCCAUCCAGGUGAAAUGGUUCUAAUACAGGGUUCCGUUCCCAGUGACUCUGACAGGUUUCAGGUUGACUUUACGUGUGGCAGCAGUACUAAACCCAGAGCGGACGUGGCCUUCCACUUUAACCCUCGCUUUAAGAAGUGCCAGAUCGUCUGCAACACGCUGCAGCAUGAGCGCUGGGGCAAAGAGGAGAUCCACUCUCAGAUGCCUUUUGGGAAAGGAGCGGGUUUUGAGAUCAUUGUGCUGGUAGAAAAGGACGUGUUCAAGGUGGCAGUGAAUGGCACACAUGUGCUGGAGUACAAACACAGAGUAGAUCUGGGCAAAGUGGACACACUGGCAAUAUCAGGGAAGGUUCACAUUCAGGCCAUCGGCUUCAUUCCCAGCACAAGUUCUGAUGUUUCUCCGGUUGCUGUGAAGAGUUCAGGCUCACAUGCCAAUGCCAUGCGGUCAGAGUCUGGAGAUAUGAGUCUUCCUUUUAGGAGAAAGCUCAUGAAGGGCUUGAGUCCAGGACAAACCAUUACAAUCAAAGGUCAAGUCAGUGCCUUUUCACACAGUUUCAGUGUAAACCUGCGUGUUGAGAACUCUGAGGAUCUCGCGCUGCACCUGAACCCUCGGCUCAAAACUGGAAUGUUUGUUCGAAACUCGUACCUAUCGGAGUGCUGGGGUCCAGAGGAACACGACCUGGCCAGUUUCCCCUUCAUAACAGGGGAAUACUUUGAGAUGAUCAUCCUGUGUGAGGCACAGCAGUUUAAGGUGGCAGUGAACGGGGUCCAUCAGUUCGGUUACAAACAUCGUGUGCAGGACCUGAAGCGUGUGAAUGAGCUGGAGAUUCUGGGGGACCUGCAGUUACUGGAUGUCAAAAUGUGGUGACCACACCCAGCCCUGUGCCAUCUUCACUGAAGAACACAUACCACAGCCAGGCUAAAGGUUUUCAGGCUUAGCUCAGCUCAAACCUAGAGAAGCAGGGCGUUUCUGGAAUUGGGGUUGCAAAUUAAUCCAGAAACUUCUGUUGGAUUUCCAAAAGAAAUUAGCUACUUCUGAAUUAUGUUGCUUUAUAUUUCUACCCGUGAUAUUAAUAUGCCAUCUCCCUCUCUCUCUCUCUCUGUAAAAUAAUACUCACAUAUCCAGUCACUGGUCACAUUAUUAGGUACAACUACCUGGUGUCUACACUGAUUGUCCAUUUUAUCAGAUCUUACCAUAUAGGAGCACUUUGUAGUUCUGCAGAUACAGAUUGUAGUCCAUCUGUUUCUCUGUGUGAUUUUGUUGUCUUGUUAAAUAGAUAAUGAGUGUAGACACAUAGAAGGUACCUAAUAAAGUUAUGAGUGAGUGGACAUCACAUGGCUUUGGCACUGAGCUCAGAGAAACUCUUCAGUCUGGCUGUGGAGCUCAGCUUUUCUCCUCACCUGCUCCUAUUACUCUACCCCGUGUGAGAUGUUAAAGCAGCAGCAGGAUAAUAUAAUAGAGCUAAAACCACUGCUGUUUACUUCAUAACCACUUUAGCACCUAUAACUAAGCUUUAACCAGCAGACAACCAAGCCAUUUUUUAUUCUGUUAAUAUGGGUCCUGUUAAUUAAUUGAUGAGGAUGGAUAAUUAUAAGCAAUGUCUUGCUAAUAUUUCUGAAACCUGCUGCCUCUCCUUAUAGUCUUACCCCAUGUAGGACUAACCGAGCAUCAGAUUUCUAAUUUAUUCUGCAAAAAGAGAAAGAUUUUUACAUUACAAGCCCUCUAUACUAAUGCUAUGUGCUCUUGUUAAAUUCAUCUGUUAGAGUGAAGUGAGGUGUCUGCUACUAUUUCUCUAUUUCUGAGUUGUUUGCUGUUUGCCUGGUAUUUUUUUUUCUUUAAUCAUUGAUGGCAAUAUGCCAUUUCCAUUUAGCUGUUUGUUUGUUUGUUUGUUUUUCUUUAAAAAUAUACAAGCUUCCAUACCUUAAA